UUUCUCUUUCUUCCUUAAGUUCCAAGAGUUUCCCUUUAACGGCAAUCAUUGAAAACAUAAAUAUAGCUGUUCCGCUCACUAACCCUACUUUAUACUAAAAAUAUCUACACUAUAUUUAUACAUAUCAAAAGGACAACAUAAAUCUCGACUUUAGAUGGAUUUGAAGAUUCAAGAUCAUGAGAAAUUAAUCUCAAUCAAAGUUGAAGUUGAAUCAUUAUCAUUAGAAACUAAUGAUUCCAUUUCUAAGGAAGAAAAACACUAUAUAGGCGUCCGAAAACGGCCAUGGGGAAAAUUUGCAGCUGAAAUUAGGGAUUCAACAAGGAAUGGUAGAAGGGUUUGGCUUGGAACUUUUGAUACUGCUAAAGAAGCUGCUUUGACUUAUGAUCAAGCCGCGUUUUGCAUGAGAGGUCCUUCAACUUCUUUGAAUUUCCCCGUGGAAAAAGUGCGCGAUUCGCUACAAAAAAUGGAAUGUAAUAACCUAAAAGAUGGAUUGUUGUCACCAGCAGCAGCCCUAAAAGAGAAACACAAGAAGAGAAAUAGUAGUAAUUCAAGAAAGAAGCAAGUGAAUAUUAUUAAAGAAGAAGAGAAUGUGUUUAUAUUUGAAGAUUUAGGUCCUGAUCUAUUAGAUGAACUCUUAUCUGAGUAUUCCUCUUGUUCAAAUUAGUCUACUAUUUUCACAUCUGUAAGUAAAUCUUGUACUUCUCCUUUGUUCAUGGUUUAAUUUACCAUUCUUUUUAUUUGGUUCUCGUCUUCUAGCCAAUGUUUCUUUAGCUGAGGGUCUAUCGGAAACAGUUUCUCUGCCCGUUCAGAAUAGGAGUGCGUACUUCUCACUCUCCCCACACCCCACUUGUGAGAAUAAACUGGGCCGUUGUUUUUGUUGUUGUUUCUUGCCAAUAUACUGUUUCCCUCUUUUAAUUGAAAGGAUCCAAGAUCCUAUAAUUCACUCUCUUUCAAACUUGUUUGGUACCCUAGACUAGAACUUAGUUCAGAGGCGUAUAUAGCAUAUAAUCAAUGGAUUUAACUGAGUUCAAUGUUUUGACAAAUAGCAUAGAUAUAUUCGUAAAAAAUCACUAAACUUUCAACAAAAAUUAAAUUCCGAACCCAUGAUUGUAAAAGUGUAAUGGAUUCAAUAUCAAAAACCUAAAGGUCGAACAAAUUUAAAAUUUAUAUGUUGGAUCCGCUUGUGCAGUCAGUAUUGCUGUUUCUUUCUGUUGCCUGUUUAUCAAAUAUGAUGUGUUAAAUUUAUCAGAAAGAAAAAGAAAAAGAAAAAAAAAACACUUCAUUUUCCAUUAAAAGUUUGACAUCUAACUGUUGUGUGAUAAAAAUUUAGAAAUAUUAUUAUUACAUGUAAAAGGUUGUGGUCUGUAGGAAUUUGGAAGUCACUAUCUUCUACUUUAACAUUGAGGCUCCCACAUACUCAAGUAUUUCAACCACACAAAAAUUAUUAUGUUGAUUCAUUUUUAGAUUGUCAAGUGGCUGAUCAAUGUAUCUAUGUAUCAAACUAUUUAAAGCUGAAAUUGGUAUUGGAUUAUUGCUAAUUUCAUAAAUUUAGUCAUGAGCUAUGCAUCUUUUUCUUUGGCAUUCUAAUUAGUACUUCAAUUUAUUUGGUAUUGUUUUGAGCACUUAAUUGAUUUAUGCGUUUAAUUGAUUCAAUAUAUGAACUCAGUUCAAGGAUAGAGGAUUCCAAUCACAAUCCGAGAUUGUGUGUUAAGUAUCCCACGUUGGUGGAGGAAAUGAGUUGUUAUCUUCUUUUAUAGUGUUGGAGUUAUGUUAGACUUAAUGUUCGUUUGUUAUUAUAGUAUCGGUUGGGCGUACGAACAAAGUCUCAUAUUGGUGGCAGAGAAGAUUAGUAUGUACCUACGUAUAAUACGUAGGGAUGCCUUUAAUGGUGUGAGGUUUCAGUAAGGCCUUGCGGGAAAACUAUAUGAACUUGGCCUGGAGCGGACAAUAUUACACCGUUUUAAAAGUAUCUUUGGUUUGGUUGAGCCAACCCGUGCCACAGUUAGACUCAUUCCUACUUUUUGGUUUACUCGGCGUUGAGUUUCUAUGCUAUGUUAUCCACGUUCCAGAUGUAAAAUAGCUUACAUUGGUGGAGGAAAUGAGACUUUGAGGGUUGAGUUAAGCCCAGUAUGCAUUUCUUAUCGGUAUAGAAUGCUAUUAUCCUUUGACAGUGAUUUCAAAUAAAAUCCAAUAAUUUGGUGAAAGUAUGAGAAGUUUUGGUGAAUCUUUUGCUUUUAGGUAGAAAUUGAUUAUCUCUAUGCUUUUUGUGAGCCGAGUGUCUAUCGGAAACAGUCUAUCUACCUUUACAAGGUAGGGGUAAGGCUGCGUGCACAGUUUCUUUUUCAAACCACACUUGUAGAAUUACAGUGGGUUUUUUGUUGUUAUUUUUUCUUCUCUAUUGUGUUUUAAACUUUCAUGUUUUGUCACUCUAUCUU